AUGAAGCUUUGUUCUAAGAACGUCGUCUCCUCUGAAAGCCCGACUUGUGUUUGGAUAAAGGAGAUAACAAGGGAUUAUGUUCUAGCUUGGAGUUACAACCAUUACUUGUUCUCAACAAGGAAACCUCCACAUAGCUUAUCCGAGACUGAGCUAACCAACGCUCGCAGUGAGCUGAUUGAUCUAACAAAAGCGGGCUUCAAGCUGGACUGGUUGAAAACAAAGCUUGAUGUGAGGAAGAAAACAAAUGAUGUUGGUUCUCGAGUCCAAGAACUUGAGGAACAAGUCAAGAAUCUCAACCUUGAACUGGACACGGAGAAGGUCAAUACUGCUACUUGUACUGCUAAAGUUUUGUCGUUAAAGCAGAAGAUGUCGGAUCUCACAGCUGAGCUGAACGAGAAGGAGGCAAAACUGUUACUACUACAGACUGCCUCGAGGAUCUUGUUUACUUUUGGAAAAGGAGAAUGUGAUGAAAAAAUAGACUAA